AUGAGCCUGACAUUCCACUUCUUGAACAGCCAUCUUGAUUAUUUCCCGGAAAAUUUGGGAGAUGUUAGUGAGGAGCAGGUCACCAGAUUGACCUCAAAAUAUAUUUUCCAGGAAUUGGCUUAUCAAGAAAUAAUUCAAGUCCUAGGUGAUUCUAAAAAAGAACCUUCCAUACACGACUUGAAUGAAAUGAAAAUAUUAGAAAGGAUCAUCAAGGAAAGUCUUAGGCUAUACCCCAGUGUUCCAUUCAUUGCUAGAAUACUAGAGGAAGACACGAUGGUCUGCAGCAGAGUCAUACCCAAGGGCGUACCGAUCAAUAUACAUAUCUACGAUAUUCAUAGGGAUCCUAAACAUUGGCCAGAUCCAGAGAAGUUUGAUCCGGAUAGGUUUUUGACUGACAACUGCGUCAACAGGCAUCCGUUCGCAUUUGUACCAUUUAGUGCUGGACCCAGGAAUUGUAUAGGUCAGAAGUUUGCCAUGCUUGAGCUUAAAACAGUUUACUGUGGGAUCUUGAGAAACUUUAUAUUGGAACCUGUUGAUACCCCAAACACCUUGCGCCUGAUACCUGACCUGAUAUUGAGAACAGAAAACGUUUCUCUGAAAGUAAGACGUUUCAGGUGA